AUGGAGUGCGACAUCUGCCAUCACCCGCAUGACGCUCAGCGCCGGCCGUUCUUUUGCGCCGUAGAUGCCCGCAACAAGAUCUACGAGGGCCGCAUGAAGCACCUGCAGCUCAUGCUCGGUAAUGAGUCGCUCAAGGCGCAGAUCGACGAGCUCCUGGAUGAUGCAGCCAAACCAAACAAGCAUACUUGGGAUGAAGCCAUUUCGCAGAGAGAUGCCGCGGAGCAGAAGACUGAUCAGAUUCUCGCCGCCGCGGAUAGGCUUCGCGACGAAAUCAAGGCUGCCAGGGAUGAGAUCCAGGCUAGAAAGGCGGCCCUCGCUCGGCGGAGAUCUGACCUAGCCUCCGUCUCUACCGGUAUGGUCGAGCGUAGAGCCAAGCAGCUCAAGGAAGUAGAGAAGUCGAUUCAUAUGCUCAAAUUCCGAUGGUCGCAAAGUGCUGAAGACAUGGCCUCUACUCGUGCCUUUUUGUGCACGGAAGCUGUCCGGCUCUACGGUCUUAGAAGGAUCACGAAGAAAGGCGGCACUGGGCGCUACGAAUAUCAUCUCGGCAAGAUUCCCAUUGUAGAUCUAACCAGCAUGGACUCUCUUUCGCCCGAGGUUAUCUCAACCUCUCUCGCCCAUGUAGCGCAUGUUCUCAUGCUGGUUUCCCACUACCUUUCCAUCCGCCUUCCUGCCGAGAUCGUCCUCCCUCACCGCGAUUACCCGCGACCAACCAUGUUCACCAUUCAAAAUUCCUACCGCCAUGGCGACGUUUCAUUCCCCGGGACUCUCCUGGCUCCGACUCCCCUGUCUGAGUCCCCAUUUGCCAACUCCCAUGUCCCUCGACCUCGCCCUCUGUUUGUGGAUAAAUCUCUCCCGCAGCUCUCCAAAGAGGAUCCUGCUGCCUAUUCGUUGUUCCUCGAAGGCGCCACGCUGCUUGCUUAUGAUGUCGCUUGGCUCUGCUGUUCGCAGGGCGUGUCUGUUGGAGAUAAGACUUCGUUUGAGGACAUUUGCAACAUGGGCCGGAACUUGCAUAAUUUGUUGAUGAAUAAUCAGCUUCAAGGCGGUGCCAUCAAUUUUUCGAUGGGCGCGCCAGGAGUAGACGCCAACAAUGGAGGCCAGAAUGCUGAUUCGAAUCAGAGCUGGAUCGGCCGGUAUGCUCAUGGCACGACUUAUUACAGCCUUGCCAGCGACGAAGGAACCGAACUGAUGAAGUCUUUCAAACUGCCUAGUCCGUUGAAGCUUGCCGAUAAGCUGAAGAAGAAGCUUCUUGGAGACGCGCCCGCUCCUGAUUGGGAGGUCCUUGGCGAUGAUGAAUGGAAGGACGAAGGCAUGGCGGGUAACGGGGUGUUUGAUCCAAAGGCUGUGGGCAGCAGGAAUGGCGGUACUCCCGAUGUGAGAGACUCGCCGCGGACUAGUAGCUCAAAUGGGUGGAUGAAGGUCAAGAGUAGAUACUAG